UCAGACUACGAACUCCACAAUUCCGGCUCCCCAGAAAGUCCACAGUCUGUACGGACUCCAAAUAAACGCUCCACUUCAUCGACUUUGAAUCCAGUAGAUUGGCCAACAAAACAUGGAGCGGUACCGCCAUAUAGAAACGUGAACCGGAAUCUGGAUCGGGAGCAGCGGCCUGGUGGUAUGAAUGGCGUUGAGGCUGUGUUCAUUUUUGACAUAUUGAAUGGAGUUCGGAUAAAGGCU